AUGGGCCGUGUAGAUAGAAUCGAUCUCCCCCGUCCCCCUCGUCGCCCUCGUUUUCAGGAAUUGCGAAAGUUAGAAGCUGAACUAAAAGCUAUGGAUUCAGAGAUGAGCAACACUGCCACGUCCACUGUUUCCUAUGAGAUUAUGAAUCAUGGGAUUCCAUGUGCAUUAAGAGCAGGUGACAAAGAAUCCUUCAUUAAAAGAAUCUCAAACGACGGAAUGAUCAUUCAACAACGAGUUGACUGUCAAGGAAACUCAAUACUUCAUCUUGCUGCUGCUUCGGGUCAUGUUCAUAUAGUGGAGUAUAUAGUUUCUACGUUUAAGGAUCUUCUUCAAGUAAAAAAUGUGAUGGGUGAGACCGUUUUUCAUGUUGCAGCCAGAUCAGGGAAUCUCAGUGUUGUUGAGUAUCUACUGAAAUGCACAAUGGCUUGUCCUUUAGAUUCAGCUAAGACUAAGAGCGAGAACGGAGAUACUGCUCUACACGCUGCGUUGAAAGGAAAAUAUGCAGAUGUGGCUUUGUACCUACUAGGUGUGAGGCAUGAUGUAUCAUUUGAUAAGAAUAACGAUCAAACUACCUUGGAUAUGGCCUUGGGAUCUGCUGGUUCACCAAAUGGUUCACAAUCAAUUCUCUUAAGUACUUCACAUCGUCGUCGAAGAUCUAACCGGCAAAACACAGAAACUACAAAGGAUGAUGGUAUCAAAAUACUUAAGUGGACUGUAACAAUUGUAGCAACUGUGACAAUUGUUAUGUGUUGCACAUGUACAAAGGUUUACAUCAGUUCUGCUCCAGAUUUAAGCAUCACAGGUUUGGUCAAAACAGCGGUUUUCGCGGUUUUUAUGUUGUGCAACAGCGUUCCGAUACUUGCUUCAGUUGAAACCAUGAUUGAUAUUAUCAGAGCACGACAUCUGAAUGAUGUUCUUUUCGUACGUAGAGCUAACUUACUAGCCAUGGCACUUGUCAUAAUUACUUUUGUCUCUAUGUUUGUUGCAUUCAUGGUUGGAGUUGGUCUUGUGUUGAUCCUUCGUCUAUGGCAUUCCUUCUCCUAA